AUGGCUUGCUUGGAAAUCUUCACCUCCUUAUUCUUCUUCUCCUUCCUUCCACACCUAGCAGCCACCACAUGCCGCGGUAAAUGCAGUUCCGACGGCCCAGCUGUUCGAUUUCCAUUCUGGAUAGUAGAUUACCACUCCUCGCAUUGCGGGCGGCUAGGGUUUAGUCUCUCAUGCAGCAACCAAAAGCAAACCAUUCUUACUCUCCCAAGUUCCAGGGAUUUCAUUUUCGACAGGAUCAAGUACUUGGACAGAACCCUAACGAUCAACGACACCAAAAACUGCCUCAUUAAGCGAUUUCUUGACGAUGAAAUGGAUCUCAUGCCUUCACCCUUCUCCUACCUUUAUGACUUUGCAAACUACACAUUCUUCAAUUGCUCGCCCAAUGCAAAAAAGCUAGAUUGGUAUCCAACCCUGUCUUGCCUCAGCAGUGACAACUACAAGGUCAUUGCCCUGCCAACGAAUCCUUUACUUCGUGCUGACCCUGUUACUACUCCAUCUGCGACGUUGUCAUCAUCGCAGGCUCCAUCACCUUUUGAUCCUAACUGUUCUGUGAUUUCAACAGCUAGGGUUCCAAUAGAACCAAAGAAUUAUGAUCCAGAACCACCAAAUCCAUCCGAGUGGGAGAACAUUAACUUGGGUGUUCAGUUAAAGUGGGACGAGCCUGAUUGUCGUCAUUGUGAUGAGUGA